AUGGCACAGCAAGGAAGCAAAACUGACAUCAAGACCAAGCUCGGCGAAGGGAGCAAAGUCGUGAAGGACAAGGCGACGUCGGCUAAAGACAUUGCGUCACACAGUUACGAGUCUGCCCAGGAGAAGGCAUCGGAUGCCCAAGGCGUAAUGAAGGACAAGUCUGCAUCUGCCAAGGACACUGUGUCGGAGUACUACGAAACUGCCAAGAAAAACGUUGGCGAUGCGAAAGACACCAUCAAGGACAAGGCUAGCUCUGCCAAGAACUAUGCCGUCGUCGCUGCAAAAGACACUGUAGCGGAGGUGUACGGCUCGGCCAAAGCGAAAGCAGGGGCUGCGAAGUCGACGGUAUCAGAGUACGCUGAUUCAGUCAAGGGGGCAGCUGUUGCGGCUAAGGACAAAGCGUCACACCUGUUAAAUGUUGCGAAAGAAGAUGUCGCGAUCGCUCAAGACAAUGCAUCGCGCUAUUAUCAGUCAGCGAAAGACAAGGCCGAGGCGGUGAAAGAUACGACGUCGCACGUCUACGAAGCGGCCAGGGAGAAGGUAUAUGGCGCCACAACCACGGUGAUGGACGCAACCGCGACUGUCCAAGAGAAGGCGUCAAAGGGUUAUGACGCUAUAAAGGACGCAGCCUCGACGGUCAAGGAAAAGGCUAUCGGAGCGAAAGAUGUGGUGAAGGAGAAGGCUGAUCACCUUCAAGGCAAGACGACGUCGUACUUGGGGGAAGGCGAAGAAACGGACGACCGCAAGUUGUCGAGGGUUGAAAACCCAGAAAAGGUCGUUAAAAGCCGAAGUGCGGACACGAUUGCUGCAGUCAAGGAACGCGGACAUGUGACGAGAGUGAAAAAGGAUGUUCCUUAG